GUGACGUGACGUGUAACUUUCAAGAUAUUUAAUUUUAUUUAUUGAUUGCAUUUAUAAAUGAAAUUUUAAAUAAUAAAGAUUGAAAACAUAACUUAAUAAAAUGUCGAGUAAAAACAAAUCAUCGGAUAGUUUGACUAAGAGUAAAGUAACGGAAUGUGUUUGGAAAAAAGCUUUUUCAUCUAGCACUGAAUGGCCCGACAAGGAAGAGUUUCUGGACGUGAUUUACUGGAUGCGGCAAGCCAUAGGUAUAGCUUUGGGCUUGUGUUGGGGGAUACUGCCAUUGAAAGGAUUUGUCGGAUUAUUGCUUUUUGUGAUUGUGAAUGCAGCAGUGAUUUACUUUUAUGUAAAUAAUUUUCAAAGUGUGGAUGAGGAAGAAUUUGGAGGGAUGUGGGAAAUAACGAAAGAGGGUUUUAUGACUUCAUUUGCUGGAUUUUUGGUGACAUGGAUUAUAAUGUACACAGGAUUACAUGGAAGUAAUAUCUUAUGAAAUUAAAUUGUGUCUGGAAGAGCCACAAUAUGUAUAAGACAUCAACCUAUAAACAAGUGUAGUACAAAGGUUUUAAGGUGCAAGUCUUAUAUUUGAAGGUUUUUUUAAAUUCAACCACAUUGCUUGUAUAAGUAAAAAUUUGAUUCUACUAUGAAGUUAUCUAUUUAUUUUUUAUCUGAAACAUAUUCUUUGUUUAACACCCAAUGUAUUUUAACUUUAAUUUAGCCAAAUUUACUAGCCAGAUUUAAGUGCCAAAAUUUCUAUUAUGUUUAUUUAUAAAUAAAUACUAUAGUAAUUAAUUUAUAUCGAUCAAAAGUAAAAAAAAAUCAUCAAGUCUAAGGCGGGUUUGUAGGAUUUACAAAGAAUUUUAAUUGUAAUGUUUAAUUAAUGCAUCCAUAAUGUAUUAAAUUAUACAUAAAGAAUAUAAAUUUAUUUGUUUAAGGUAUUUAAUGAGGCUGUGUUUACACUGCAGCUUUUGUUACUUUAUGGUAUAUAGAAUUAGUAAUAGUUCAAAAUAAACAUUUAUUAUUUAUGAUCCAAAUUACAGAGUAUAAACAUUUAAAUUAAUUUGUAAUUUUUAAUUAGGUUUUUUACUAAGACAAUAAAAUAAUUACCUGUUAAGUUUACCAUUAAUAAAUGC